AGUUGAUCCAGCUACACUUAAUGUUAUUAUUGGUAAGUUUUCUGCCUGCAGCAUUUAUUAACCUUGGCUUUAUCUUACAGCUUCAUUUUAUAUUAUGAAAGUGUUCAAUAUGCACUUACAAAUGUAAUGUGAUCUUUAUAUUAUAAAUUUUUUAGUUCCUAAUGAAAUAAUUGCAAGUAUAUAUCUUUUGUUUUCCCCAUCAUUGAUAUGGUUGUGUAUAAAGUUGCAAGUGAACUAUUAUUGUAAGAUAAAAUUUUUUCCACAAUGUAGGUUCUUGCACUGUUGAAAACUUGGGAGUUCUGAAGUCUUUUCUGUCUGACAGAGAGGAUUGCCUCUAUCCUGUGGAUUUCUGGUAAAUAUAUUUGAAGCAAACACUGUAUCUGUAUUCAGGUUUAAGAAGUAAUAAUAUGCUCAAAAUAUUUAUGGACAAAGACAGUGAGUUAAAUUCUGGCUUUUGUUUGAAUCUGAAUCACUGAGAUUGCAAAUAUUUUAAAGAAAAAACAUUAAGACUGUUCAAAUAAAAUAUAAAGUAAGAAAUUGUUUUUGUUUCAUAAUAUGAUAAUUAAAUGUUUUAAAAAAAUGAUAUGAACAUAAGUUUACUAGCAGCAAGUAUAUUAAUUUUAUUUACAAUCUUCUAAAGUUCAACAAGGAUUUACUGGAGUACACAAGACACCAGAAGACGUUCUGUCUACACCUGUCGCAUUGUGGAAGUAAAACCUGUGGAGUUACCAGAGCUUCACAUUCAAGACAUGCGCAUCAUUCAUGAUGAAAGUCACCCA